AUGCCUAUUCCGCUUGAACAAUCACAAAACAUCACUUCCGUUUUCUACCUGAUCGGAGAUGAGCUUUCAACUGCACAGUCCGUGGAGUUUGAUUCCAGGUGGAAACUAGAGGAUGUCAAGCGUGCCGUGGGAGCGGUGUUCCAUGUGGUACAAGCACUAGGUCUGACCCUCCACAAUUCCAAAGAUGGCCAGGAAAUCACCACGGUAGACGAGUUGACCAAAACACCCUCCUCACUCGACUCACCUAUCGGCCUCCGCGUCGACGGCAACGCCGUCCAAACUCCCCAGGGCCCCGAAGGUCUGCCACUAGUGGGCAGCUAUUACGAAAUAUUCCCCGAUCACCUCGGAAACCACUACCGUCUAUUCCGCAAAUAUGGCCAUGUCAUCAAGACGACCAACAUGGGAAAGACAAUAUACCUCACCGACAGUCCCGAGGUAGCAGCAGUGGCGCUGUCGGAAUCCGUAUACAUGACGAAGAAGAUCAACGAGAGCCACCCACUCUGGGGUGUAAAGGACAACACGGCGAUCUUCAUCGGAGAUACAGAAACAGAGAAUUGGAGACUGGCACACAAGUUCCUCCCGCCAGCGAUGGGUCCCAAGGCUGUGCGCCAUUAUACGCCUUUAAUGCAAGAGUGCGUUCGCAAGUCGUUCGCUGUCUUCGAUGAGCUUGAUUCUCGCGAUCAAUCUUGGAAUGCUUACCAGUAUAUGGUGAAGCUGGCAUCGCAGACUAUUGGGAAAUUUUCUCUAGGUACUGACUUUGAACACUUCAAAGAUGUUGAUUCACCAUUGCAUCCGAUUGUUACCAAUAUCGCCAGUCUGCUCUCACUCAACAAGAAGAUUACGGCUCGAGGUGAAUGGUACCGCCAUCUUCCAUUCGGUGAUCCAGCACGUCUUAAGACUGUUCAGCGCACUAUCUACACCCUCCUCCAAGAGCAGAUCGACCGAGUCAAGGGCUCCGAAAUAGCUGGAAUGCCCAUGGCCGAUGCAGCAGUUAACGCUUCUUGUGUGGUUGACUACCUCCUGAACACUGUCGACGAAGGUGGAAACAAAUUCCCUGAAGGUCUGGUCCUAGCCAACAUGCUUAUCGUCACCGGAGCCGGAUUCACAACCACUUCCGCCCUGAUGUCCUGGCUCCUUUACUGCCUUGUCAACUACGAGGGCACCCAGGAUCGCCUUUACGAAGAAUUGUGUGAGAGGGGUAUUGCCAAUGCCGAGAAACCCGUUGAAUGGACCCCCGAGCUCGCGCACAAUCUGCCAUAUCUUGAUUGUUUCGUGAAGGAAACACAGCGUCUACACAAUGCCUCCUUCCAGCCUGGUCGGACUACCAAGACCGACGUCGUCUUACCGGGUGGUUAUCGCCUGCCUCCUGAUAGCGUUAUCGUCCCGGCUCUAUAUGCCAUCCAUACAAACCCGGAGGUCUGGCGUGAUCCCUUCCGUUUUGAUGCUGAUCGUUGGGCUGGAGAUGAAACUAAGAAUAUGCAUCGAUGCGCCUAUGUUCCUUUUGCUACUGGGCCGCGGGGCUGUAUUGGGUUCAACUUUGCGUUAUUAGAAGUUAAGAUCCUUUUAUCGGAACUUGUUUCGAGGUAUGAGUUUUUCCGGGAAGGGUUGGAGGCUGUUGAGUAUGAUCCGGAGUUCCAGCUGAUUCGGCCUUUGAACUUUUAUGUGAGGGCUAAGAGAAGAGCUCCGGCUACUGUAUAG